AUGCGCGCUGUAGAUAUCAAAAACGACGUCGGCGAUGCCGAUGCCCUCUUCAUAAACGACGACGUUCCGACGCCAAUUGCUCGGGAGGGCGAGCUGCUGGUUAGAGUCAGGGCUUUUGGAUUGAACCGCAUGGAUCUCAUGCAAAGGGAGGGGAGGUACAUGCUUCCUCCCCAGGCACCCAAGACACUCGGUGUCGAGUUCUCGGGAACUGUCGAGUCGCUUGGAGACGGGGUCACCGACUUCAAGGAGGGCGAUGCAGUCUUCGGUCUCGCAUAUGGCGGUGCCUAUGCCGAGUUUAUCAAUGUCUCCGCGAAGAUGUGCAUCCACAAGCCGGAUAUCCUCUCGUGGGAGACAGCUGCUGGUAUUCCCGAAACAUGGAUCACCGCCACCCAAGCCCUUUGGACUGUUGGUGGUUUCAAGGAGGGCGAUAGGGUUCUCAUCCACGCUGGUGCGUCUGGUGUUGGCAUUGCUGCCAUGCAGCUUGCACGAGCCCACGGCGCGGCUGCGGUCUACACUACAACCUCCAGCCAGGAGAAGAUAAACUUCUGCACUGAAAACCUUGGGGCAACGGCUGGGUUCAACUAUAAGACUCAGGAUUUUGCUGAGGAGAUCAUGAAGGCCACGGACGGGAAGGGUGUGGAUCUGAUCAUCGAUCCAGUUGGGCAAACCCAUCUCCAGAAGGACAUCAAUUGCGCUUCUAGGGAUGGCCGGAUUGUGAUUCUCGCCAUGAUGUCUGGUGCUAUCGCCAAAGAGAUCAACAUCGCACCCAUCCUGUUCAAGAGGUUGCGGAUCGAGGGCACCACGCUCAGAAGUAGGGAGGUGGAGUACCAGCGGGUAUUGAGAGACAAAGUCGUGGAGGAAGCGUUGCCUGGGCUCACCGAUGGCGGUUUCAAAGUUUUUAUCGAGAAAGUCUUCAGCUGGAAGGAUAUUAGGGAUGCGCACAAGUUGAUGGAGAGCAACCAAACGCAGGGGAAGAUCAUCUGUCUUGUCGAUUAG